AUGGUUGGGAUCACCUCAGCAUCUGGUGAGCUCGUAGUCGCUAUGUUGUUGGUCGCAUCUGUAUUCGAUUCAGUAGUGGAUGCGCUCGUGGUCGCUGCAUUGUUGGCCGCGUCUGUGUUCGAUUCAGUAUCUAAUGCACUCGUGGUGACUACAUUGUCGACCGGUUCUGUGUUCGAUUCAGUAGCGUAUGUGCUCGUGGUCGCUGCAUUGUCGGCCGGUUCUGUGUUCGAUUCGGUAUCGAAUGCACUGGUGGUCGCUACAUUGUUAGUCGCUUCUGUGUUCGAUUCAGUAGUGGAUGUGCUCGUGGUCGCAUCUGUGUUCGAUUCAGUAUCUAAUGCACUCGUGGUGACUACAUUGUCGGCCGGUUCUGUGUUCGAUUCAGUAGCGCAUGUGCUCGUGGUCGCUGCAUUGUCGGCCGGUUCUGUGUUCGAUUCGGUAUCGAAUGCACUGGUGGUCCCUACAUUGUUAGUCGCUUCUGUGUUCGAUUCAGUAGUGGAUGCGCUCGUGGUCGCUUCUGUGUUUGAUUCGGUAGUGGAUGCGCUCGUGGUUGCAUCUGUGUUGGAUUCAAAAUCUAAUGCACUCGUAGUGGCUACAUUGUUGGUCGCAUCUGUGUUCGAUUCAGUAUCGGAUGUGCUUGUGGUCGCUGCAUUGUUGGCCUCUGCCAGGUUCGAUGCUUGUUCAGAUGAGCUUGUUGUCACUGCGUUGCUGGCGGCUUGUUUGUUUGAGGAAUGUUUUGAGACGUUCGUGGUCGAUUCAGGUCGAUCCAGGCCGAAAAGUGGGAUAUUAUAA